UUUUCCUUUGUUCAUUGUCAGUUCAUCAUUGUAUUCAUGUUAAAUGUCCUGGUUUGUCGUUCUGUGGAUUCAUUGGUUGCCUGUAUUUUACCUGUCUGUGGAUUUUUGGAUUUUACUUGUCCACUCUUGGAUUUUGUUUAGUUUGUUCAAGCCUGCUCCCUGCCUGAAUUGUUUUACCUUUGUUGGACUGCCUGAAAUCCAUACUACUGUAGGUCCCUGCAGAACACCAGUGAUGUUGGAGUUUGUGGCCUACCCCAUCAUCUGGCCUCCUCCCCCCUGCUGAUGGCUGCUGAUGCCGUAAUUACAAACUCCUGCCACAGCUAUAGGAAGUGGGGCUGCUGCGGGUGGGAACAGUGGAAAGCCUCACAGCGGGCGGCGGGGAACAGCGCACUGAAGGCAGCUCAAAAUCAGCCAACCAAGGGCCACCACGGGGCCUAAUUACCGAGUGAACAUGACUAAUGAUGAAGCUGCGCUCUGGUGGUGCUGUGUCCGAAAUAUGCAGCCCUCGUCAGCCCAAGUCUCACUCCCCGGUAUAGAAGUGUAUAGCAGUGUGUUACCGCUGUGCAUAUACCUCCCACAAUGCUUGCUGCUCAGAAAUGACGCGUGGAGAGUGACUGAUCUGUAGCAUGGACCUCAUACAGUUCCCUGCAUGAUUUGUGUGUGAUGGAACAUAUGUAGGCGUUUCAGUUUGUAGUAUGUAGAAUAUGAUUUCCAUAUAUCAUAAAUUGAGGCAGCUCUUUAUACCUUUUGUGUAAAUAGAUCAUUUUGAGAGGUUUAAUGGGAGAGCAGGUAGCCUAUUCGGCAGUGAUAACUGUGUGAAUGGUUUCAGGGGACAUGGGAAGUGAUUUAGAGUAAUUUCUUAAAAAAAGUGUUUUGCAAGAGGAGAUGAAAUGUCUCCACAUUUCACCUGGUUGUUCAAUCAGGAAAACGAUGAAACUGAAAUGAACCUCGCCUGGGAGAGCACAGCCUUCCGUACAGUCUCUGAGAAAUGAAUAUACAGUAGGUGUGGAGGAGAAGCAAACGUCACUUUUUAUUGGCAAGAUAAACAAGGAACGAAGCUGCGACUGAAGCUGCAGAAGUUUGAGGAGCUGUCCAGCAUUUGGACAGCUUUUCAAUUAGUAAUAAGAGCUAGUGGCUCUGGAGGAACUAAUGUAAUGUUAACAGGAGGCGAAAAUAAACUAUUCAUCCAGUUGCGUGUGACGUAAAGGUUCAGCUUAUAAAUUUCAUUUUGUCGUUAAUUUGAGGCAGUAUUUUCACAUCUGCACGGAUACCCGCUAAAAAUGAGAGAGAAACUACAGUCCAAUGCAAUAUUCACACCCCUUAUCUAUUUUCUGUUAGAGGCUCUUAAAACCAGUUUGGAGCUAAAUAACGAUCCGUCCAGCCAUAGAUCAAUAGCUUGAUUCUGCCACGAGUGUCAGUCGCAGUCCCGCAUGUAGGAGAAUGCAGACAGGAGGGGUGGAGUUCGCAGCUUUUACUUUUCAAACGCUGCUCUGACAGAAGAGCUCAUUCUUUGCCUGGAAAACUGCGGAGUUGGCGCUGAUGCGUCCUGGCAUGUGUUCCCGACUUUAGUCAAAUCAGUCGCCUCACUGCUGCAGCCUCCCACUAAACUUUCCAUGCUGUUGGCCGUCCAAUGGACAGCACUUAGGAGGUUUGUCUGGAUCGUAUCCGCUCCUGCUCGCUUGCCCGCUGCGCUCCGGCUCUCCACUGUCGACUCUUCAGGUUCAGAGGGACUCACGCGGCCCGGGGAGCUGGCCUGGGUCUCCUUCGAGCAUGGAGGGAGACGUUAUGGACAAAGUGGAGGCCACGGCGACGGUCUGUGACUUCGACCCCAUCAGCGGGAGCAUCCCGGCCACCAAAGUGGAGAUUACCGUGUCUUGCAGGAAUCUCUUGGACCGAGACACUUUCUCCAAAUCCGACCCAUUGGUGGUGUUGUACACGCAGGGCGUGGAGUCUAAACAGUGGCGAGAGUUUGGGAGAACCGAGGUGAUAGACAACACGCUAAACCCAGACUUUGUCAGAAAGUACAUCCUGGAUUACUUUUUUGAGGAGAAGCAGACCCUGCGCUUUGACGUGUAUGAUAUUGAUUCUAAAAGUCCAGAUCUGGCAAAGCAUGCAACCGACCUUAACGACUUCCUGGGACAGGUCUACUGUACACUGGGAGAGAUUGUGGGUUCACCUGCCAGUCGCCUGGAGAAACCUCUAGGUGGCAUACCUGGGAAGAAAUGUGGGACCAUUAUCUUGUCUGCUGAGGAGCUGGGAAACUGCAGAGAUUAUGCCACCAUGCAAUUCUGUGCCAACAAACUGGAUAAAAAGGACUUCUUUGGAAAAUCAGACCCCUUCAUGGUCUUCUACAGAAGCAACGAGGAUGGCACGUUCACCAUCUGCCACAAGACUGAAGUGGUGAAGAACACGCUGAAUCCCGUGUGGCAGCCCUUCUCCAUCCCUGUCAGAGCGCUCUGCAAUGGAGACUAUGACAGGACAAUCAAAGUGGAGGUGUAUGACUGGGACAGAGAUGGGAGCCACGAUUUCAUUGGUGAAUUCACCACCAGCUACAAAGAACUGUGUCGAGGUCAGAUCCAGUUAAACGUAUACGAGGUGGUGAAUGCCAAGAAGAAAAUAAAGAAAAAGAGAUACAUCAACUCAGGGACGGUGUCCUUGUUAUCAUUCAAUGUGGAGUCAGAGCACACCUUCCUGGAUUACAUCAAAGGAGGGACGCAGAUUCACUUCACAGUGGCCAUUGAUUUCACUGCAUCAAAUGGAAAUCCGUCCCAGUCCACUUCACUGCACUACAUGAACCCGUACCAGAUGAAUGCCUAUGCCAUGGCCCUGAAGGCAGUGGGAGAGAUCAUCCAGGACUAUGACAGUGAUAAGAUGUUCCCUGCCCUGGGAUUUGGUGCUAAGCUGCCCCCUGAUGGGAGGGUCUCCCAUGAGUUCCCUCUGAAUGGCAACAUUGAGAACCCGUACUGUAACGGCAUGGAGGGGAUUCUCGAAGCUUACCAUCAAAGCCUUAAGACGGUUCAGCUGUAUGGACCCACCAACUUCGCUCCUGUUGUUAAUCAUGUGGCAAGUUAUGCAGCAGCAGUGCAGGACGGAUCUCAGUACUUUGUUCUACUCAUCAUCACUGAUGGCGUCAUAUCAGACAUGGCUCAGACCAAGGAGGCCAUAGUGAAUGCAGCUAAACUCCCCAUGUCUAUCAUCAUUGUUGGAGUUGGCCAAGCUGAGUUCGAUGCCAUGGUUGAGCUGGAUGGUGAUGACAUCAGGAUUUCCUCGCGGGGGAAGUUGGCAGAGAGAGACAUUGUACAGUUUGUCCCGUUCAGAGACUACAUGGAUCGCACAGGCAACCAUGUGCUGAGUAUGGCGCGGCUGGCUAAAGACGUAUUGGCCGAGAUCCCUGACCAGCUGAUAUCCUACAUGAAAAGCAGAGGCAUUAAACCUAACACCGUCCCACCGGCUUACUCACCCUGCGGCCACCCCCAAACCAACCCCGUCUGAGCCACACACAGCUCCACGUUGUGGUGGGGUAGGGGGUGGAUGGGAACCACAACCGUCCUUCGGGUAAAUGGAAACGCUUUCGAAGCCCUUUCAUAAAUAUUAAUCCGGCUAAACAAAAAGAUGAUGAGACUCCAUUUUGUUUUGGAGCAAUAAGACUGCUCUGGGGGAACCUGCUAAUGAUCAGGGAGUUUAUUCUCUCUGAGUGCUUGAGGAUGAGAGCGCUGAGAUGAGCUCAGUGCAAAAGGAAGGUUUUAGUUGUUCGCUGUCAAACCUGUAAAAGUGGUGAUGUAAUGGAUAGCAAGUAAACCCGUACAGAGAGCCUGUUGGAAGGCAUAAAUAUAUUAGAAUGUGCCAGUGUGUAUCAUGUUUGUGAUACCUUUUGGAAUCGAUGUGUGUUAAACUAGGAAAUCAUGUGUAUACUAAUUUAUUUAUUUAUUUAUUUAUUGCAGAAAUAAUUUAUUCCUUUGAGGGGGUUUUAAAGGGUGGGAAUUAAAGUCAUAUUUUCCUGUAGUUUUCCAUCUUAUAUUUUGUGACCAGUGUAAUAAAAUAAUUCCCAUUUCUACUUUGAUAAAGACUGUAAUAUAAAAAGCAUGUGAUAAGACUUAUUUAGCAGUUUAUGAAUCAUUUUCACUGAUGGAUAAUUUUUGAUUGCAAGUUGUUAUGUAGAGGACCUGCUGUGAGCUGUUGCCAUACUGAUUUUCCAGCACCAUGUCUUAUAUGUAUUUCUAAUAUUUAUAUUAACAGAAUGCACUAAUUACUGUCCAAAUAAAAAGCACAAAGGUUAUAAUGUUAAUAAGCUGAAAACCAUUAUUUUGAAAGAACCAACAGCUGCCACAAUGAAAAUAAUGGAAAGGACCCCACAUUAUGUUUUCAGCACGACUUUAACAUUGUCUUACACCAUCAUUUUAAACAGGAUGACAACAAGAAGAAUGUUUAUAAGAAAAUGACUAUACUAAUAUAUUAAAAUGAAUUUAUAUUUAUCAUGAAAACAGUAUGUUUACAGAAAAAUAGAUGAAUAAUUCAAAACACAUAGCUGCUUUCCCUGUUAGUAUGCACAGAGAUAAAUUAUACUGCUCAAGUCAUUCUGCCAUAUCUGAUUUGUCAUCUUGCUGUUUGUGUUUCUUUCCAUUAUAUUUAUUGUGGUUGGACGUUAUUUGUCCUGGAUUUUGCUCGGUAAUUUUAAAGGACCCUGCAAAUAAACUUUUGAAAGACUGAUGUCAACUGAUACCCACUUUUUUCCCCCCUCUUAAAUUGAUUUGUUUCCCCAGAAUGAAAACUGAAGUCACAAAUCUUGCAACAGAGUCUGAGAUAUUUGGGUUUGGAUUUUCUUUUUAAUGAUCUAAAGAAUACAACAACUGAUUGCACAAAACAAAAACAGUUACAAGUCAAUUUUUCUGAUUCAUUCAAUGUCUGAUGUAUGCAUUGUGUUGACUGUGUUUUACUCUUUCAAAUUAAUGUGUGUUCCCAGAUAACAUUGUUUUACACUAAUGCACAACAGCCCAUUAUAUAACAAAACAUCGGGAUACUAUUUUAAUACCUAAGAUAGAAUUUCACUAUUUUAUUUUACGAUUUAAUUCAAGCUGUUCAAUCUAUUCACAUUUGUUCACUGCAUUUCUUUUUAGUGUCUGUGUAAACAAUUUAAAAACAGUUACAGCCAUUGUGACCCAGUUGUGUACAUCCUCAAGUUCUCUAUUUAUAAUGGCCAUUAUUUUCAUUAGUAUCUGUCAGUCACUCAAUAUCUCGAUCCAAAUGUGCCUAUUAUAUAGAAACAUAUCCAAAUUCAGUUACCCAGGUGUUAUUCUGCCAGCAGCAGCAGGUCUCAUGUUAAAGGUGUACACACAGAAAAUGUUGGUGACGAUAAAACUGUUGUAAAAUUAGGACUAUUACAGCCGCAGUGGCUGAUACACAUAUUCUCAACCAGUGUUCUGUACUUUUUCUACUUACAGCUCUUCAAUAAUGAUCUUUCAAAUAAUGAAAGUUAACAGUGUUGCUGAGCCUUGUUGUACAAUAUUCAAAGUCAAGACUUGUUUACAAUUCAACUGUGGCUGUUAACGUUGCCUCAAGG